AUGAUACCCGUAGACGAUGACGAGAUAGGCGAUAUUGAUAUAAGACAAUUGACUCCCACUCAAACUCAUUUUUUAAAAAAGUUUUUAUUAGAAAGACAAUUAUCAAUAGAAUUAACAAAAUUAAAUGAUCCAGAAUGUUGUAAAUUAUUAGGUCAACCAUUUAAACUGGAAAAUAAUUAUAAAGAUUUACCAUUAUUAUCAUUUUUUCUUCAAGAAUUUAUUGCAACUUUCCCAUUUGUAACAAAUAAUUCAUCAAAGGAACAACAAUAUUUUUGGCAAGAUGUUUUACAACCAUUUGUUGAAACUUUUAAUUCAAAACAAAUUAGUGGAUCAGAUGAGAGAAAUAAUGCUUCUAAACGUAGGAAAACAAAUAAAAAAUUAUUAUCUGGAUUAUUGGUAUUUUAUAAUACCGUAUUAAUAACAACAAAUGAAAUGAAUUAUCUUAAUGAUUCACACCUUAAAGCUUCAGAUACUGCAAAAUUGGAUAAAUUUGAUGUACACAAAAAGGAGUCACCAACAGUUAUAGGAUUACAUGAAUUUGAUAAAAUGAAAUUCAAAACUAGGUGGUGGAUUAAUGUAGUUGCAGUCAGGAAAUUAAGCUAUGAAGAAAAAUCUUGGUUUUUCAAACAAAGAAAUCAUCAUUAUGAAUUUAUUAUACAAGUUGUAACCAAAAACAAUAGUAAUGGAUAUGAUAGUUAUUAUAUAUCAAAAUAUUAUGAUCAAUUUAGACAAUUGGAGAGUGAUUUAAUUAAAGAAUUACCAGGUGUAAUGUCAACUAAAUUACCUAGUUUACCCCACAAAGAUAAAAAUGAUGUUGGUUUUGAUGAAGAUCUGGAUCUCGAUAUGGAUGCAAGAACUGGGUUACUAAGUCGAGAAAAAUUAAGACUAUCAUUGCGAGGAUAUCUCAGAUUAUUGAUUGAACAUAAGGAAAUAGUAAAUAAUCAAAAAUUUUUAACUUUUAUACUGACAAAUAGGACAUCCUUGACUAAUUCAGACAUAAUGGAUUAUCAAGAAAGAAAAAAUCACGAACUGAAUAUUUUACAAACUCAAAUUGAGUUUCAAGAUCAAACUGCAAAACUUAUGGUUAAAUUAAGUCAAAAUUUUGAAAAUUUUAAACAACAACUUAUUAAAAACCCCAAUACAAUAAUGAAAGUUUUUCAAGAAAUUGGUGAUAUAGAAAGUAUAAAGAAUGCAUCGCCAUUAUUACAAACAUUUAAUGAUUGGUGUAAAAUAGAAAUAGCAGCAACUAUAUAUCAAAUAUUUUUAGGUCAAGAUAAUUCCAAUGAAAUAUUUCAAAAAUGUAAAAAAUUUCAUAGAUUGUUUCCAUAUAGUUUAAUUUAUGGAAUUUUAAGAUUUACAAAUCCAAUGAAAAUGGUAUCAAGAAUUGUUGAUUUAUUAUUUGUUAAUAUCCCUAAAUUACCAAGUUGGAAUAAAGAUUUAUCUGAACAAUCUAAAAAGACGGGUGCAAGAAAUUUAUGUUCAUUAGUAUUUAUAAUGUUAUUAAAUGAAGAUUUAAAUGAAUUCGCAAAAGAAAUUACAUUAUUACAAGAAAAAUUAUCAGGUUUUGAAUUGUAUAUGGAAAGAAUUGAAAAUUAUACAGAACUUACUGGUGAUGAAAUAACAGAUAUUAAAGAUGAAGCAAUUGAAAAACAACAAGACUUUGUGCUUACUCUACUAUCCACAAAUUUAAUUUCACCACCACCAGACUCAAACUUUAAUAAAAUUGUAAAAUCAUAUGAAGAUCAUGAAGACUCUACUAUUUCAUUAUAUCAAAACUUAAAACAAUAUUGGUUAAUUCAAGUACGAAAAAGAGAUAAACAAUUAUUUAAACAAUUAUGGCAAGAACCAGAAUUAACUCAACUUUUAAAAUCAAUAUUACAAAUUUUUUAUAAUCCCUUAAUGAGAGUAUUUGCCAAAAGUAAUAUUCAUAAUGCAUUUUCAGCUUUUCAAAAAUUAAUAGAUGAUUUGAUAAAGACAUUAUCAACAAUAAGAGAAGAACAAUAUUUUAUGAACCCUUUAGAAAUAUAUGAUUCAAUAAAAUCAGUAUUAGAUGAACAUGAAGAAAUAUUAUGGAAUUUUUUACAUGACGUUUAUGUUAACGAUGAUCAGCAAAUUUUCUUGAAAUUAAUAAAUUGGAUUGAAAAAUUUUUAAAAUUUAUGAGAUUAAAAUUUUCAAAUGAACAAAUUGUAACAAUACCUAUUAAAAUUCAAAAUGUUAAUAAUUCUCAAUUUUUAGCUCAAUUGAAUUCUAGAAUUGAUUCUACAAUAAAUAAACGUAAAAUAUUCAAACAAUACUUAGAAUUGAAAAACCGAAACCAAGAUCAAUUGGAAAAAGGCUGGGAUAAUAUAAAUGAUGGAAUAUUUGGAAAUACCACUAGUGAUGAAUUUGGUAUACGGUCAGAAGAUGUUGAAGAUAUAAAUAAUAUUAAUUUAGAAGAAAAAAUAAUGGAACUUGAACCAUCAAAAUUAGAGCAAGAACUUUUAACAAAAUUAAAAGAAAUUGAUAAUUCAAGUAUUGGAACUUUUGAAUUGGAAAAAAUUAAUAUUGAGGCUGAAAUUAUCGAAGUUAUUGAUAACAUUAAAACAUUAAAUAUAGAAUAA